GGCUGACUUAUUUUCGGCACUGAUACCUGCUUUAGAUGAUAUCUAAUCAGGUUUUGGUUUGGUUUGUUUGUUUGUUUGUUUUUGUUUUUGUUUUUGUUUUUGUUUUCAGUUAAACCUCUCAUUUGGGCCCAUCCUAAAUUCCCUGCUAUUGGCUCCAUUAUCCUUCUGGUCACCUACGCAGGAAAUACUUGGGUUGAUAUGGACUCUACCUCUUCCUCUCGGCCUCCCUCCAAUAAGAACCAAGAGCUGGCUGGAUAGGUUCUGAGAAGUGGAGCCUGUGUAUCCACCCCCUUCCCUGCUGCUGCUGGGGGAGCCCAGGUUCUGACCUCCUCCUCUGAACUCUGCUGCAGACAUUCUCUCGAUUUCUCUCUUAAUUAAUGUCUCCACUUCAUGCCUCACACUGACCCAUUUCACAUAGUGCAGCCCGGGUUGGCUGCACCGACCCCACAACUGCGUCUAUGUUUCUCUUCUUGUUCCAAAUCCACGUGUGAGUCUUCAUUCCCUAUAGGAUUAAAUUCAAAUUCUUUCCUCUUAUAUCCACCCUCCAUAAUCACCCUAACUCUCCUUUAUGAAUUUUAUGAACUUCCCAUGAAUCUCUUAAAGAAUUUCCAUCCUAGCCAUACUUGACUCCUCACUGCACGAAUUCCUUCCUUCUUUCCUUCCUUCCUUCCUUCCUCUAGAAUAAAAUGGGAUGGAAACGGGUGUUCACUCUUCCCCAAUAAAGGCUACACAUUCUGACGUAUGUGCCUCUGUUUAACUUGUUCCUUCCAUGGAUUUCUCCCCCAUUCCCACCCUUCCCCCCAUGUACCUGUCCUUGAAGACCUGGGAAAACGCCACCUUUAUCAGGAAACUUCCAGAUCCAGAAAACCUUCCAGUGACCUGCCUUGUGUUCACACAGAGCUCCAGAGCAAGACCAAUUUGAUGAUGGUGGAAGGAGACAUUCUGGAUGAGCAGUGCCUGAAGAGAGCUUGCCAGGGCAUCUCGGUUGUCAUUCACACUGCCUCUGUCAUUGACGUCAUGAAUGUCCUUCACCGAGAGACCAUCAUGAAUGUCAAUCUGAAGGGUACUCAGCUCCUGUUGGAAGCCUGUGCCCAGGCUAGUGUGCCGAUCUUCAUCUAUACCAGCACCAUUGAGGUGGCUGGCCCCAACUCCUACAGGGAAAUCAUCCAGAAUGGCCACGAAGAAGAGCAUCUCGAAUCAAGAUGGUCUGCUCCAUACCCCUACAGCAAAAAGCUUGCAGAGAAGGCGGUGCUAGCUGCUAAUGGGUGGGCCCUUAAAAAUGGUGGCACCUUGCACACCUGUGCCUUAAGGCCCAUGUAUAUCUAUGGGGAAGGAAGUGCAUUCCUUUAUGACUGUAUAUACAAGGCCCUGAGGAACGAUGGGGUCCUGACACAUCAGAGCAAGUUCUCCAUCGCCAAUCCUGUCUAUGUUGGCAAUGUGGCCUGGGCUCACAUUCUGGCCUUGAGGGCCCUACGGGACCCCAAGAAAGCCCCAAGCGUCCAAGGACAGUUCUAUUACAUCUCCGAUGACACACCUCACCAAAGCUAUGAUGACUUCAACUACACUUUGAGCAAGGAAUGGGGCUUCUCCCUUGAUUCCAGAAUGAGCCUUCCCAUAUGUCUGAAGUACUGGCUUGCCUUCCUACUGGAAAUAGUGAGCUUUCUACUCCGUCCAAUUUACAAAUAUCCACCCCCCUUCAACCGCCACACAGUGACAUUGUUAAAUAGUGUAUUUACCUUCUCCUAUAAGAAAGCUCAGCGGGAUCUGGGGUAUAAGCCGCUCUUCAGCUGGGAGGAAGCCAAGCAGAAAACCAUGGAGUGGAUUGGUUCCCUGGUGAAACAGCACAAAGAGACCCUAAAAACAAAGACUCACUAAUCUGGGGGUGACAAGUAGAUACAGAGGUUGUUGGGAGUCGUCUAUCGAGCUCUCCCCCUCUGGCUUCAUACAGGAAGAAACAAGGCCACGGGCCCAGGUCCUACUGUCUCCCUUUACAAGAUGGCUGCCUUACUGAUUUCCUCCUGCCACCAGAAACUUCCCCGUCCCUGGCCCAACCGGAAGCUUUCUGUCCUGCCCACACUGCAGAGCACAGACAGGGAGAUUUGCUGUAGCUGCUCAUACGAAAGCUUCUCCACUCCUGGCUCUGAGCUAUUCGGGCCUCUUCCGUGUAGAAUGUUGCCUAUUAGUUCCAUUUCCUUUGUUACAUGCAAAGUAUUUCUUAUCUUUUACAAAUUCCUAGUCCCACGCACAGCUCAGUGGAAAAAGUAAUAAAUGUUUUAAUGCCUAAUC